CCUCACAGAUAUUGGUUUUUGGAGAGAGAAAGUUAAAGAUAAAUGCAGCCUAGUAAUGUUUCUUAGAGAGAGAAGGGACAUUGCUUCCCGCAUUUUCCAUGCCUAUUUCACUCGUUUCUCCCUCAUGCGUGCAAGUUAUUCCCAAAAUCUUAAAUCUCAAAAACCCAAACCCCAUAUUUUCUUUCCCAUUAAAAUCUCCUCUUUCUCCUUAAACUUCCUUAUUCAUCUCUCUCACACACCAUUAUUUUCCUUUUAUUUGAGCAAAACCCAUCAUCUAUUUUAUCGAUUUGCUUUAUUUGUUCUCGGUGGCUCUUGUUUAUUGAGGUCGGUUGGAAAAAGCUCAAAAGGUUUGCUGCUUUUAAUGCUUUUACACACUGAUUUGUGGAGGUGAAGUCUUUCAAGGUUGAUUUUUCUGUAUAAAAGGUUUAAAUUCAUUGGAUUUGGCCAAGUGGGUUCGGUUUAGGAUCUGCAACUCCUUAUUAUUUUUGCAGAAAUCUGGCGCUGGAGAUUGAUUUGGGGAAGAUUUUCAUGGUUUUUGUUUUCUGGGUUUUGCUUGUUUAGAUCUAGAUUGAAGCCAUGGGAAGCCAUAUGAGCAAGAAGAGCGCUGAAACAUCAUCCUCUGCAACCAAUCUUCAUACAAAUUUGCAGUACACAACUGAUCAAUUGAGUUCUUACGAGGCAGCUUGCAAGCUCGAUGCAGACUUGCAAUCCUUCGACAUGAAUCUCCAAACCCGAACCAAUCAUGUCAUCAGCACAAUUGCGGCAGGAGUCCAAGUCCGAGCCCUCUCGUUCGAUUCGCUGAAGGAGGUGACAGGAUGCCUGUUGGAGAUGAAUCAGGAAGUUGUGAAAGUUAUCUUGGGGUGCAAGAAAGACAUAUGGAAAAAUCAGGAGUUGUUUGAGCUCGUUGAGGAGUAUUUUGAGAACAGCUUGCAGACUUUGGAUUUCUGUACUGCGUUGGAGAAGUGCUUGAAGCGAGCUCGCGAUAGCCAGUUGCUUAUUCUCGUUGCGCUUCAGCGAUUCGAGGAAGAAACCGAAAUGGGAGGCGGUCAAUACACGAGGACUUUGGAGGAGUUGAAGAAUUUCAAGGCGAUAGGUGAUCCCUUUACUGAAGAGUUCUUUCAGAUAUUUCAAUCUAUUUAUAAGCAGCAAAUACUAAUGCUCGAGAAGUUGCAAAUGCGAAAGAACAAGCUCGAUAAGAAACUCAGAUGUAUUAAUGCUUGGAGGAAGGUCACGGGUAUGAUAUUUGUUGCUACAUUUGCUGCUGUGUUGAUUUGUUCUGUUGUGGCGGCAGCCAUGGCUGCUCCGCCGGUUGCAGCAGCUCUAGCUGCGGCUAGUUCUAUCCCGGUAGGCUCAAUGGGGAAUUGGAUUGACUCUUUGUGGAAAAACUAUGAAAAUGUUUUGAGGGGUCAAAAGGAAGUGAUUAGUUCAAUGCAAGUAGGAACUUAUGUUGCCAUUAAGGACUUGGACAACAUUCGGGUUCUCGUUGAUCGAUUGGAAAUUGAUAUCGAGUCCCUCUUGCACAAUGCAAUCUUUGCCAUUGACGAAGAAGCUGUGAAGGUUGCAAUAGAGGAGAUUAAGAAGAAGUUGGGAGUAUUUAUGAAGAAUGUAGAGGAUUUGGGAACUCAAGCUGAUAUCUGCAGCCGCGACAUUCGAAGAGCAAGGACUGUGGUUCUGCAGAGGAUCAUCAAACAUUCCAACAACUGAAGACGACCCUCAUAUAACCAGUUUCUGUUUUGAUGUUCCGAGAAAUUUCGAAUUUGUUUAACUUUCUUUUUUUUUUUUUUUUUUUUGCUUCCAUCUUAUUUGUUCAUUCUUUAGAUUGUAACUUGAAUCCAAACAACUGGAUUCGUGUAUAUAAGAAAUAAUGCAAGAUUAUAUAGCAUUUUACCUUCUGUCUCAAUAUUUAGGCAAGAAAUGGACUUUAGUUAGUUCCGAAUUAAUGACAACAUUUUGUCUUCAACCUCCUAAUUGAUUGCUAGAUUUGAUGAAAUCUUUCGGUCCAUAACUUUGUGAUCUCAUGGAUUUUCGGAAUGUCGUCUGGAGUA